UGUUUUUCCUUUCCUUCUUGCACGUGCUGUAGACGUAAACUACACAAUGUCCAUCUUGUCCAUCCAACUUGAUUUAACUCUAUGGCCAACUGUUUAGUUCAUUCUUUCCAAAAUUAAGAAAGCUAAUACAAGUCCUAGGUUUUGAACCAGUUUCGUACUCAUCUCUUCAACAAACAGCAGAUCCAAAAUGGCGAGCUUCUAUAGCUUCAAGAAUAUCACGAAGGUUCCUUCGGCCAAGGAGUUUUACAACAUCAUGCUGUCCAAAACUCAGCGGCAAACACCAACUGUUAUUAGGAGACACUUCAAAAUUUCUCGGAUUCGUGCUUUCUACAUGCGUAAGGUAAAACACUGUCAGACCAGAAUGAAUGAAAGGCUGACUCAGAUCAUAACAGAAUUCCCCAAACUCGACACUAUCCAUCCAUUUUAUGCUGAUCUUUUCAAUGUGUUGUAUGACAAAGAUCACUACAAAGUUGCCUUAGGUCAGAUAAACAUAGCUCGGGGUCUAAUAGAUAAUAUUGCCAAAGACUACGUUCGAAUGCUUAAGUUUGGCGACUCUCUGUUCCGUUGUAAAAGACUAAAAAUCGCAGCCUUGGGUAGGAUGGUCAAAGUAAUCAAACGGCAGAAACCAAACUUACAGUAUCUCGAGGAGGUGCGGCAACACAUGGGACGUCUACCUAUUAUUGACCCUCUCUCCCGAGCGAUAAUUAUCUGUGGCUACCCUAAUGUUGGUAAAUCAAGUUUCAUGACCAAAGUAACGAGAGCAGAUGUUGAUGUUCAAUCUUACUCUUUCACAACUCGCGCUCUGUAUGUAGGUCAUAUGGACUACAAGUAUCUCCGUUGGCAAGUGAUCGAUACACCUGGAGUCUUAGAUCGGCCUCUGGAAGAAAGGAACUUAAUUGAAAUGCAAGCCAUCACGGCUUUAGCCCAUUUACGAGCAGCCAUCCUUUACUUCAUUGAUAUAACUGAAAUGUGUGGUUACUCUAUUAAAGAACAGAUCUCAUUGCUGGAUAACAUCAAACCCUUAUUCACCAAUAAGCCACUCUUUGUUGUAUGCAAUAAAAUAGAUCUUGUGAAGCCAGAAGAUUUGAACCCUGAAGCAAAAGAGUUAUUGAAAGGUAUUGAAGAUAGGGGAAUUCCUAUUUUGUACAUGUCAACAAUCAGCGGACAAGGUGUAAUGGAAGUUAAAGAAGCAGCCUGUGAACGGCUGCUUGCACAUAGAGUAGAGGGCAAAGUUAGCGGUCGAAAAGUUGAUUCUAUUCUAAAUAGACUGCAUCUUGCAGAGCCAGCCAAGAGAGACUCAAAGGAGAGACCUGCAUUUGUUCCAAUGGUCACCGAAAGAACAGAACCCAAGAAAACAGCUCGAGAGAGGAUCAACGAAAUGAUUAUGAAGAGAGUAGAGGAAGAGGAAAGUGACACCUAUCACUAUCGCACGAUAGACUUGACUGAGCACUACGACAUUAAUCCUGAAUAUAGAACUGAUAUCAUUCCUGAAAUCUGGGAUUGGCAUAACAUCGCUGACUACAUAGAUCCUGAAAUGUUCCAGAAAUUGGAAGCAUUGGAAAGAGAGGAGCGGUUAAGAGAAGAAGCUGGUUACUACGCAGUUCCUAAAAUUGAGAGGGAUGAGAUGAGGGAAGAAAUUAGGAAACUGGCGGAACAAAUCAGAGAAAGAAAAGCUAUCAUGCGGCAAGAAGCUCAGUUAAACAACAAUAGAAGCCAUCCAAGACCCACCCCAGUUCAGGCGAGAGGGCGUAGCCUGGAAAGGUUCAAAGGUGAAAUGAAGAGAAUAGGUGUAGAGGUAGACAGUGUUUCUGCAGAUGAAUCUAAAGCCAACAAGAGGAGUAGAUCAAGAUCAUUAUCAGCGGCACCGGCCAAGAAGGUCAGAUUUGAAUCGGAAGUCAGGUCUAGAUCAAGAAGCAGAUCAAAACCAGCGAGAGACGAAGCUGGUGUGGAUGAUCCGGAGUUGAAACUGAAGCUGAAGAAGAUCGCAAAGAAGGCGCUGAAGAAGAAGGUUGGUAAGAUGGGACUCAAGGGAGAGGCUGACCGGUUUAUUGGAACGAAGAAUCCCAGACAUCUUUUGGCCGGCAAAAGAGGAAUCGGUAAAACAGAAAGAAGGUAAACUGUGUAAUAAACUACAAAUACAGUCUAUAAAUAUUUUUGUUAACCUGACAA